AUGCCACGUAAAGCUGUUCCGACUCGCUCGGGCGGCCUUCGCGCCAGCGCCAAAUCGAAGCCCAAAAAAUCAGUCGAGCAAGACAGUGGCUACGGCAGCGCUCCAUCCUCUAGAGAAGCCAGUGUUGAGAGUGAGCCUGUCCAACAUGGUACUUAUGGCGGUGCACCGAUCAGAAAGUUCAGUAAGCUAGGCACGGUCGAUGCAAGUCACGAUCUCACAACCCAUGAGAAACUCUGUGAGCCUGAGAAUGACUGGAUUCAUAAGGACUGGAGAAACCCUGAUGAUGAGGACGAUGACUGGGAGGAGUGCGACGACGACAUCAACGAAACGUGGAAGCACAAGACUGGACCUCAAGGCCCGUAUCCCGACAAGAAGUACUAUAACGCUAUCUGGUGGAGACUUUCUCGGAAGCGCCGUGUCUACAUCGUCAAGAAGCUCCACAAGGUCGAAAUCGAAUUCCGAGAAUACUACCAGACAGAUGCAGAGAAGCCGAAAUGGUAUCCUUCCGGCAUAGGUUGGGCCAUGAGUAUUCCUCAAUUCUGCGAGUUCGUCAAGAUGGUGCCACAGAUGACAGCCUUCCUCGAAGCCUUGGUCAAGAAUCUGAAGGUUCCACGUGUCGACUACAGCACUGAGAGUGUCGAGCUCGCCGAGAAGUACGUCAAUGACCCGAGACCCCCGACCAAGGCGUUGAAGCCGUUCCGGGAGAAGACCAAGGGACACAAGCGCCACCUCGAGUACGGCAAUGAUGAGAUUCAGCCGACCCUCCCCUAUGUCACCUAUUCACUGCACAAGCAAGAUGCCUAUGAGGCGCAAGCCGAGGCUGUCGAGAAGAUCAAUGAGGCGAGGAUGUGGAACACGAUUUCCGCCAAGGAGAUGGAGGACGCCCUCAAGAAGAUUGCCGAUGAGCCUAGUAAGAUCGACUCCGGUCCUAUUAACAUGGGCAAUCUCACUGCACAGUACCACACUGGCAACCUUCUCACCGAUCGCUACGAGAGCCAUGGCCAUGACUUGUACAUCAACUUGGAUAAGGACUCAGAGUCGCAAUCCACCGAGUCGAAGGAUUCUGACGUCGACAUGAACGACGCCGAUUCCGAGCACGACUCUGCUGCCAACAAGGAGUAA